UUACUUCUUUUCUGUCUGCAGAGCCAUCGUUCGGUAGUUCGAACUCGUAGUAGGCACUGUUGUGGCGAGAGUGCGCGAUAGAGCGAGAGCAGACAGCAGACUAUCGCUAUCGAACGUUUUCAAUCGUGCGCCGGCUGUGAGUGGUCGAAGUUUCUGAAUAACAAGUACCGGGACAAGGAAUUUCUGACUUGUUCGAUAAGUAGUGAAGACUUGAGAGGUUUUACUUUGAAAGAAAGAUCUACCAAAGGAGUUUCUGCAAUUAUGAACGGAACAGAUCAUACGAAUGGUGGUGAAUUGAACGGCUGUGGAGAUAUUAUUACGCAAAAUCAACAGAAAGGUUGCUGGACAAUCGGUCUGAUCAAUUCUAAAUUUCGAUAUCUCACCGCAGAGACUUUCGGAUUCAAAAUAAACGCGAAUGGAACUUCUUUGAAAAAGAAACAGAUUUGGACUUUGGAGCCUGAUACAAGUAACGCAGGAGACAGCCUCAUCUAUCUGCGCUCUCACCUGGACAAAUACCUCGCCGUCGACUCUUUCGGUAACGUGACCUGCGAAAGCGACGAGAAAGAGCCCGGUAGCAAGUUCCAAAUCAGCGUAGCUGAAGAUGGCACCGGCAGAUGGGCCCUCCGAAACGUCGUCCGCGGUUACUUCCUCGGAUCCUCCGCCGACAAACUGACGUGCACCGCCAAAGUACCGGGCGAUUCUGAACUGUGGCACGUACAUCUAGCCGCCCGGCCCCAGGUCAACCUCAGGUCGAUUGGUAGGAAGCGGUUCGCGCAUCUGUCCGAGAAUUUGGACGAGAUUUACGUUGACGCCAACAUUCCUUGGGGAGAAGAUACGCUUUUCACGCUGGAGUUUAGACAUGAUGAAUCUGGGAAAUACGCAAUCCACACCUGCAAUAAUAAGUACCUUUCGAUGGGAGGAAAGUUGGUAGACAGUUGCAACAAAGACUGCCUCUUCACUGCCGAAUACCAUAGCGGUCAGUUGGCCCUUAGGGACCGAAACGGCCAAUACCUGAGCCCCAUUGGAUCCAAAGCUGUACUCAAAACACGUUCAAACACAGUAACAAAAGAUGAACUUUUCUCCUUGGAAGAUUCUCUUCCUCAGGCUAGUUUUGUUGCAGCGCUGAAUACCAGAUUUGUGUCUGUCAAACAAGGUGUUGAUGUGACAGCAAAUCAGGAAGAAAUCUCAGACCACGAAACUUUCCAACUGGAAUUCGACUGGAGUACCAAGAGAUGGUAUAUUCGUACAAUGCAAGACAAAUACUGGACCUUAGAAACUGGAGGGGGUAUUCAAGCCUCAGGUGAUAAAAGAUCUUCCAAUGCUCUAUUUGAUCUGGUCUGGCAGGGAGACGGUUCCGUGGCAUUCAGAGCAAACAAUGGUCGCUAUGUGAUCACAAAAAGGUCUGGACACCUCUAUGCUACAUCAGACACCGUAGAUGACACAUGUAAAUACUUUUUCUACCUUGUAAACAGACCCAUCCUAGUACUGAAGUCGGAACAAGGUUUUGUUGGUUUCAAAUCUGCAUCAAAUCCUAAAUUGGAAUGCAAUAAGGCUACAUAUGAGACCAUCCAAGUAGAGAGAGGAGACAAAGGCAUUGUCCAUUUCAAAAGUCAAAACAGCAAAUACUGGCAUGUCGAUAGUGAAGGCGUUACUGCAGAUUCUGACACUCCAGAGGGCUUUUAUCUAGAACUACGCGAACCGACACGCCUUUGCAUAAAAACCAUUAGUGGUAACUAUUUAACUGCCAAUAAAAAUGGUUGUUUCCGUAUGGGUGAUAGUAGUAUCGAAAACGCUACACAAUGGGAAUACUAAAUACUCGAUGCAAUAUUUAUUUUUACAUAAUAAAGGUGACUCAUCAUUUAUAAUAAAGAUGUCCAUUUUUGUGGGUUCUAUCUUAUGGCAAAAUAUUGUUAUAUGUUUUAUUUUUAUUUAAAAUUAUGUGCACGUUAUUUUGUCAGAUUCUAUUUAUUUCAAUUUGUAUUUAAUGUAGGUGAUAGUUUUUCCUAUUUGAUUUAAUUUUUAGAUUUAUAAUGUGAUUUAUCGAAAUUUAGUUUUAAGUAGUGUUUAAUAGCCAAAAAUAAUAUCCUCAACUGCCAAAACCCAUGGCCUUUUUUGUACACUACCAAAUAUUUGUCUUAACUUAAAAAAUAUUGUAUGAUUAAAUGUAAGAGGGGUUCAAAUAUACCACAAACCGUGUAAUGUUUUUUCUGAAGUCGUGAACCACGAAUUAUAAGCAGUGUAAUUUUCAUUUACUUAGUCUUUCAACAUUAUGGCAUCGGUACUCUUAAUAUCAAGGUCUUUGUUACCGGAAAUAUGCAUUUAUUAUUGUAUUUUAAAGCUCAAACCAUAUAUAGGUACAGAUUAUUUUUUACAUAUCUUUAGAAUUUAAGAGCUUUGCAAUUUUUAAGGAGUCUUAUUGUAUUUUUGUAGCUUUUUUAGCAGUGAACGUAGGUCUAAACCCAAGACAUUUUUGUAAGAUGAUUGUAACCGUUUUAAAAUAAAAAUAUACUUAAAUGUG